AUGGAGGCCACCUUUCUCCUGGGGCUCACCUGCCUCUGCUCCCCCUUGACUGCUCUGGUUCUUGACUUCAACACCAUCAGGGGCUCCUCCGAAGCGUCCAGCUCCAGGAAGAGCGCACAAUGCUUGGCAGACAGAGACUGCCUGCCGGGGAAAUACUGCCACAAGGCCCCCGAGGAGCCGCCCUUCUGCGCUCCUUGCCAGGCCCUACGAAGAAGGUGUCAGGGAAGUGCCAUGUGCUGCCCAGGGACGGUCUGUAGGAACGAGGUGUGUGCCCAGGUGGAGCGGAUGCCUCUGGCCGAGGAGCGGGGAGAGCCGGCCGACCUGAGUGCCAAGGAACGGCCGCCGCGCCCGGCCCAAGCGGGCCGCCUCCGGAAGGAGGGCGCCGGCCCGAGACCGCGCAGCCCAGCUGGCACAGGAGAGCACUGCCUCCGCACCUCCGACUGUGCCCGAGGCCACUGCUGUGCCCGCCACUUCUGGGCAAAGAUCUGCAAGCCUGUUCUCACUGAAGGGGCGGUGUGUUCUGGGCGAGGGCAGAAGGAUGGCGGGGCUCCGGGCCCUGAAAUCUUCCAGCGCUGUGGUUGUGCACCAGGUCUGGCUUGUCAACGGCCCCUCAGGGAUGCCCCCCAGAGAGCUCGCCUCCGUGUCUGCCGCAGCAACUAA